CUGGCGGCCGCACGACGCCCUGGUGGUCCUCCGCCGGACGGUGCUGACUAAAGGGGGUCCGGGCCCCCAGCCUUUCGGGGCACUGAAGGGCACCGACGCAGCGUUGAUAGUGACAGAAACACCCACAGACAUCCAGGAGAUUAGGCCCCGCGUCGCUGGUAGAAAACAGCUUCUCAAAGUCCUGGCUCCAGGGGAAAGACGCUCCCUUUCAACUUCCAUCUGCAGGGGACCCCCAACUUCUCUCCUUGGAGAGGACGACGCCCCUGGUCGGCAUAUGCCUUUCCUUGGCGCUGGUCCAUUUGUCAGCGAAGGGAGACCCGUUUAUUGUGCCAAACGGAAUUCUUUCUCCUAAGGAGGAUUUAAGGGGUAACCCCCAAACGACCCCCGCUUUGGUCAGCGUAUUCUAAGUGAAGAAGAUUCUCAACUUCCCUAAAAGUGACAGAGAAGAGGCCUCUUCUUCAAAUUCCCUCAUGGAAGAAUUGGCUACAGUGUCUGAAUGUCCCUUGUGGAGGGAUUGGCUGCAGAAUCUGAAUCUUUGGAAAAACAAGCCCUUUUCUCAAGGUGAAAGGAGUGCUGUGAACGUCUCAGGGCCUGAUCAUUCUUGUUUUAGACUUAUACCGUUCCUUUGAUCUGUGUUGGUAAACCACUGAUGUAAAAGACACUCGUCUCCACAAUCUCAUUGGCCCUCAUGCUGUCAUCUGGAGUAGACACUCAGCCAGUUCCGCUCGAGUCCUCUAUGCCUGCUGUGGUACAGGAAUUAUACUCUGAACUCUCAGGAAGUGUCUCCAAAGAGCUUCAUGCUGAGCAAGAGCCAAGUAUGAUUCCAGAUGUAAAACCCGGAGCCUCAAGCUCUCAUGUGGGUCUUGGUAGGGCCUUACCCCUGAAGCCGCAGAGCACUCAUGCAGAAGGUUGCUGUGAAGAAACCUCUGAGACCCUGGAUUGUGGGGGCAAGACUGGGUGGUGCAGACUAGUGGACCCUGCAGCAAAAGGUCCUAUGGCUUUUGAGAUCUUGGAUAGGGAAGAGAGACCCAAGAGCAUGGAACCAAAGGUCUUCAGAGAUCAAGGAGACCAGGCGGCAAUUUUCAGAGACUGCUGUGAGGGAGCAAAGGAAGAUCCACGCCAGCAUUCCACAGCUGCUAAAGAAAGGAACUGCCCCGGUCAGGAUGUCUUCCUGAUGCAGUCUAGUGAAGAGGCUGUCUGUGCAGACCUCCCCGGAGAUCCACUAAAGAAAAAAGGAAAUGUACACAAUACAACUGGAACUCUGCCAGAACCCACUGAAGACAUACAAGGAAACUGUUCCAUUUCCAAAAUGAGCAAAGGGAAAGAAGGGUUGUGUGACUUCAACAUUGUCUGUGAAGAAGAUGACAGUCACCAGCACGGGCUCAGCCACCAUGAGGACAAACACAGUUCUGCACAUGAUAUUUCCAUUUCUACGGGAAGCAUGGAUUCUAUAAAUCCCUCGGAAGAAAAUUCUGAAAUUUUAUCUCUAACAUCAUAUUUGUGUGGCCCAAGAUCCUUAGAAAAAUGUAGUUUUGAAAGCAAUGGUUUGAUAAAGGAAUCUGCUGAAAAAAUGCACAAAGUUGAUCAAAGCAAGGAGUUCACUUGUGGAGUAGAAAAUAAAGAGCAGUGUUGGAGGCACAAGAGUGAAAAAGGGGGUCUCUUUCUUUUCAGUGUCAGACAACAAGAACUGGAGAGAAGUAGGGAUGGUUCUAGCAAAAAACAGACUGUAGAAUCCAGUAACCACAGCAGCUGUUGCACUCAAGCAAGUUGUUCCUCAACAGAGAGCUGUAGUUCCAUGACUAAUUCUUCUGUUGAAGCCAUAGAAAUAAUGUUUAAAAAAAAUGACCUGAAAAUUACUUCAAAUAUUAACAGAAAUUUGAUAAACUCUGAAGACCAUAGAGAAACUGUCACUGAUUUGUACCAUCUGGAGAGACACUCUGAGGAAAGCAACUUCUCUUUGUUGGCGGAUAUUGAAGAGCCAGAACAAACAACAGGAAAGUCCGGUGCAUUAAACAAAAAGGCUCACAGUAAAGACUCCAAGUCUGCAGUCAGCAUCCAGAGGAAUCUUAGUGACUCUCCACCAUCCACUGAUUUUCUCUCUGAAGGAGAAUCCCUUCAGAGUUUGAAACCAGAAGAUCCAGUAAGCUUUGGACAUAAUAAAAUAUUGAAACCUAAGACAAGUACUGCAAAAUUAUCGUCAUCUCCAGAAAAGCCUGUUGAGACAUCACAUGCCAGUGUCUCACAUUUAGAUGAAUUGAUCAUUGCCUAUGAGGUGAGUGAACUUUCUGGUAACAGUGAACUAGUUGCACACAAAACAGAACAUGAAUGUGUUUCACAUCAACAAGUGCCCCUUAAUUCUCAAGCCCAUGUGACAACUGACUCUCUACUAAGUAUAAACAGAGAGAUGCCUUCAGCAACAUGCAGAGAUGCUCAUGGGAGCCAUCAUUCUCUGGAGGAUGGAGCAAAUGUUACCACUGACGCUCAAACCAUUCCUGCUGAGACAAAAAUGGAAGCCAUGUCUCCACAAGGUGACAAAGCCUGUGGUGCCUCUUCAUACAUACAAACCCGAAGCAUCAAAACAAGAAGCCCAGAAGGGCAAAAAGAAAAGGCUGGUCUACAUUCCAUGCUACUCUCAAGAGUGAAAGAAGCGGCUGGCUUUUCUUUUGUCACAGAAUGUCAAAAUGUUCAGCCUCAGGAUAUCCCCAGCUGUCACUGCAUAACAAGAAAUGCAUCUGAAAAGAACAUGUGUUCUGCUUGUGCUGCCAACAACUGUAUAAGAAAAUGUGGAGAUGCUCACUAUAUCAAUCACUGCUUCCAAAGACCACAAGAUUUUGUGGAAAAUAGUACCCUCUCAGAGAAUGGAUCUGCUGGAAGAGAGACUCGAAUCAUUCUAGGAGGCAAGAUCAGGAAUGAAGUGACAGAAGGGGUAUCAGAUAGUGGCGCUCUGAACAUAGCCACUCAUGUGGAAACCAGUGAGGAAGGACUGGGUGGAAAGAAACAAGAUAAAUACAGAGAGACUGAGAUAUAUAAACACAGCACCUCUGCUUGUAACACACAAGAACUAAACCAAUCUACAAACAUUCCAGGUCCUGAAACAUUAGCGGACCAGUCUCUGACUGUUACUUCAUCUCAUUUUAAAGCCAUGUGCCAAGCAGCUGGAAGUCUUGACCAGAAAGCAGAUGAAAUCUCUGACUGCCAGAGUAACCAAAAUAGUCUAGAUAAAGGCAGAAGUGACAGUAAGACAGCUAGGAAAGGCCUAAAUGGUGGCUGCCAAGAGACUUUCCCUGAGGUAAGCCACAAGGACAAGGAUCUGAUUAUCAGUUUAGGCAGUAAAAUCCCUCUGUCUUGUGGUAGUUUAAAGAAAAACGAUCCCCAAAGAGCCUUUGAAAAUAUUCCUGGUUCUGAAGGGUGCGCACAAAGUAUGAUAGAUAUGGUAUGUCCAGACUGCACAGAUGAGCCUACAGAGAGAAUGCUGGGUGUGGAAGCAUUUAGUUUAUCUGGUCAUUGUACAGGGCAACACACACUGGCAUCCUGUGAGACCUUAAGGAGAACUUCAUCUCUUCGAGGAGAAUUGAAUGUUGUAUUUACAGAUACAACUGGUCAGGACUCAGAACUCCCAACUCCUGCUCCGUCUACAGGAGAUUCUCCUGAAGUACAAAAAUCAUGUGAGAAAGAAUGCAGAUGUCUAAAAGUCUGUGAAGGCAAAGAAUGUCCAGACUUUGCCCUUGAUUGUGAAGUGGAAUCUGUUGCAGAUCACGAACCAAAUGUAAGAGCACUGGCUAGAGGAAGUGUGUCUUUUGAUUAUAUUCCUUGUGAGCAUCAAGAUAAAGGUGGAUCUGUGACAGAAGGACCAAGACUAGAAGCAAAUUCUGAGUUUGGCAAGAAGAAAACCUUUGGAUUAUCAUCAAAUGGCUCAGUGUCUUGUAGGCAUGGAGACUCUGUGGAGAUGGUGCAUUCCUGUCUGUUUUCUCAACAUUCCCCAGCUGAUGUUCAUGGUGAACCACCGAACUUGAAACACCUAUUUAAACUCAAAGAUGGUGGAAGGCUUUGCGAAAAUGUCAGGGAUUGCACAGUCCUGUCUGACAUGAAGGAAGGAAUAUCAAUGGAUUUAAGUAAUCCUAGUAAAGGAAAUGGCACAUACACCAGUGUGGACAAAAAUGUUUGCAAAGCUUGUCACUCUCAUGAGAAUUCCAUUGAUAAGUAUUUGCCUAUGACAAGGGAAACAGCAAUUAAAAUGAAUGAAGAAGAAACGGAAGAACAUCAGAAGGGACCACUGGGUCACUUACCUGUUGGGGAAGAAUCUGAGGAGACCAUUACUAGAGAAAGUCAUGAUGGUAAUUUUCCUAAGAGUUCUCAGACCCACAUGAAAUGCCAGAGAGUGCAAAACGUUGCUGAAACCCCACAAAACCAGAGAAUUUUGGACUACGGCUUGCCAAAGGAAGAACAUAAAUAUCAAAAGGGCACGCUUGUACUGUUGGAACAGCAACCUGUGGCUGACCAGGAUGAGUCCAUGAUGGAAGAAGUCACCCUAAGAAAGUCAACCAAGGACAAACUUGCUAAACAGAACCAGAGGUUGGGAAACACAAAAGAAGAGAACUUAUGUCAUCCAUUAAAGAAAGACAUUGAGUUAUGCAUAGGUCCUUGCCUUCCUGGUGCCUCCUGGAAAGAACAUGACUCCAGCUCUGCUGGAGGUAAUCAAAUACAUGGUGCCUUCGUGACUAUCUCAUAUCAGCAAAGAUUGCUUCCUGUAAAGAAGCAACCUCAUCGAACGUGUAAGAGAAUUUCCUGUCCAGAGCCAGUCACCGUGCGGAAAAAGAGAAGUAAGGUGAGGAAUUCUGAGUGUGGAAAGAGUUUCUCUAACCCAGUCCCCACAAAAGCACACAGACUUCUCAGCCCAUGUGCUGCGCCUGCCACGCCAUUGGAACCUGAAGCAGUAGCUACCAAGAGCUUGUGCAGCCACAUACCAAAGCCGAAGGCUACUCUGUGCCAUUCCUUGAGGAGCCUGAGUUGUAGGAAGCCUACCAAAGAAUCAGCCUUACUAAGCAAGCUGUCUGUCCUUGCCUCCAAACUGGCUCUGGCAACAAAGCCCCAGAAACUGAGAUAUCGGCGCUAUUCCUCUUCCCCUGUUCCAUUGCCUAAAAACUGCAAGCGUCUCAGAUACAAAAAGCUCCUAGAUGGAUUUUCAUACAAUGCAAUGCGGCUGGACCCAUAUUUGGCAGCUGCUGGGUGGAAGAGGGGAUUUAAUAGUAAGCCUUUGGCACUUUAUUCUCUUGAAGCUGUGAAAAUGAGCUUCAUAGAGUUGAGCAACAAGAUGCCAUCCCUGCUGUUUGGUAACGAAUUUCCAUUUUCCUUUCAUGUGAAAUCAGCCUCCAAUUGCAUGGUUGAGUCCUCCAGGACUUUUCCUGAGCACUGUGCUCCAUCAAGGCUUGCCUUAGCAGAGGCCUCCCAGUGCUCAACUCCACCUCCCAAGUGGACCUUCUCUUUUUUAUUGUCCCACGGUUGCCCUGGGAUGGCCACAUUCAGGGAAGACACUGGCCUCUGUAGUCACACACAUACUCAGGCUCCUCUCCAGACUACAGCUCCUCUCCAAGACUAUGGAGGCACUGCCAUAGUUCAGACCAGAGCAGACUGCUCUGUCCUUGGCCUUCACACACUUCUAGCACUUUGUUCACCAGGAUGUUACCGAAUCUGGACAAAAAAACGGAACUUCUCCAAUCAUAUGCCUAUCAUGCAGAGGCUCCUCUUGACCCAGUUUACACAGUGCUUAAAAGGGUUAAGGUCUCCAGCCUCUAUAGCGGACAAGGUCUUCAGCUCUCUGCCCUACUCGGUGGGCCGAGUGUUGUCCAUUUGGAGCCAGCAUGGACCCUCCUGUACCUUCAAGCUGCCAGCUCUUCACUCUACUCAAAGCAAGCAGCAGGGGAGCCUGAGCACCCAGGGCAGCCUCACCACCACACCACAUGUGCCUCUUCCAGGCGUGGAAGCUAUCCGUAACACCAACAGCAGUCACAUGAGGCUAGAGCCUGUGUUUCCUGCCUUGGUGCCAAAUUCUUGCUUGGUAGCAGAACCUGCUGUCAGCACACUCCUGCUCGCAGCGCCUGAGCUCCAGGUUCCUGGGUUUGAUGAUCUGGAUGGUGUGCCAGCUUGCCCUCGACCACAGAGCAUCCCUGCACAGCAGAAAGAGGCUGAGCCAGAGAAGAGACCAAAGAAAGUCUCCCAGAUCCGCAUCCGGAAAACCAUUCCUAAACCAGAUCCCAACCUUACCCCAAUGGGCCUGCCUCGGCCCAAAAGGUUGAAGAAGAAGGAGUUUAGUUUAGAAGAAAUAUAUACAAACAAGAAUUACAAGUCUCCUCCUGCAAACAGGUGUUUAGAGACCAUCUUUGAGGAACCCAAGGAACGAAAUGGUACACUGAUCUCCGUCAGCCAGCAGAAACGGAAGCGUGUCCUGGAAUUCCAGGACUUUACUGUCCCCCGGAAGAGACGAGCUCGAGGUAAAGUGAAGUUGGCAGGCAGCUACACGAGGGCUCAGAAGGCGGCUCUGCAGACUCGAGAGCUGGAUGCUCUUUUGAUUCAGAAGCUGAUGGAACUGGAGACUUUCUUUGCCAAGGAGGAGGAGCAGGAGCAGUCAGCCAGCUGCUGAGAACCAUUUGGGGGUCUCCAUUUUGAAUCCUUGCAGACCUCCCUGGAAGAGGUUCCCUGAUGUUACCCUGUGCCCAAACCACUCACGAUGCCCAGUCCGUGAAUUUUUACUUAUUUCAAGGUGCAGUCUUUUUAGAAGCUGGUGAAGAAGGGUCCUCUAAUUCUACUGCUGAGUACAGAGCCUCAGGAAUGCUCCCUUUCUCCUGGGCAUGGUCCUGAGUGACAUCAGGCCACCUCCUUCCUGUCUUUCCCAUCACAGGUGGAAAAAGCCACACAUCUUCAGCAACACUAGGAAUCUAAGGACCCGGUGUUUGUGCACCCACAUGAAAGUUCCUCUCCGUUUAUGGUGCUGCUCGCCCAAGAUGACUUAGAAACUCGGCCUAGGGGAGGACCUGGCCGCCUGUCCUGUGUGUUCUCACCAGCUUGUUUUGGUGACUGAGAAGGAUGAACUGGUGUGUUUCUAGAUCUUUGAUUCUGUCUGCCCAGGAUCUUUAGUCUGAGAGAAUGUGUGUGUGUGUGUAUGUGUGUAUGUGUGUGUUUGUGUGUUCGUGGCUUUUCCCCAUCUUUUCUCCCAUCUGUGACUGCAGGUCACUAGUGCCAGAGGAGCCCGUCCAGGCCCCAACGUAAGUUGCACUUUUUAAUGUUGUGAUGUUGAUUAUUUUUUUUCUUUUUUGUUUUUGUAUUAUUGCUGCAUGUUUGGGGUCUCUAAAUGUGAUUUUAAAACACUUUGUAAGACAUUACGGAGAAAGACAAUACAUGUCUUAAGAGAAUAUGUGACAGGCAUUGAUCAGCACACGGAAGGGGAGUCUUCCCAUUCCUGUGUUUCAGGCAGCCCCUCCCCAUCUCCAGCUUUUCCUGUAGCUCACUAGAGGAAGCACUUUUUCACUCUUCUCAGUCCUGCCCACUAAUUACACAUAUUUGUUUAGUGACACACAUAAAAGCAGAUUUCUCUCAUAACCAUUUUAAGGAACUACUAAGGUUGAGUGUGAUUUUUCUCUGAGAUGUUGGUAUAUGACAAAGUUGGGAUCGGCGGUGGUAGAGUCUGGCCAAGAGCAUUUGCAGCUGCUGGAGUGCCUGGUUCUGCAAGAUCCCGGGGCCAGCACUCCCCAAGAAUGCUUUGUACUCCGGUCCCUUGUCAAACCUGUUGGAGAUGUUUGCAUGCUACAAGUAGCGCAGCUUCUAGGUUUGUACCCAGAGACAUCUGCUGGCAGUAGGCUGCCAAGCCCGAGCAGCAGACCCGCAGACCUCACCUUCCCGUUGUGUCUGUGCCGUGCUCCCUCCUCUCCCAUCCUUCACACCUGCUUCUCAGAGUUCAGAGAGUGAGCAUUCCUUGGCUGAUGGAUAAGACACUCGAGCCAGCCACUGGACAAUGGUCAUUUCUCCCCAUUCUCCUAGCUUGGUCCGGGGACAUUUCCCUGUCUGUGUGUGGAGAAGUAUGAGCAGCGCUGCCCUGGAAUGUGCUCCUAGGAUUCUUUCAUUCCCAUUUGUCAGUGGCUAGGGAGAAGGACUGCAGGUUGGAGGUCUUUAUGUGCCUUUCCUUUGUAAGUUGAUAGUUUGGGCCAUGCUGGAACGGAAAAAUGGACAUGAGAGGGGAAAACAUACCAUGUCCUUCUCCCCUCAGCUGCUUACAUAACUUAGCACACACCUGCUUGUCUGUGGAGGCUUUGAAGGUCCCAUAAGGUUAGAAGAGCGCAGUCUGCUGUGCACACCGGUCCCCCUCCUGCUCUCCACCUGUUGCCCAGGCCGUGCAGUGUGACCUGUGUUCGCCUCAGUCUCUCUCCCUUGUGGGGGCAGGAGGUUAGGUACUGAGUGCUUCUGAACUGCCAUGUUACCUCAGGCAGCGGAACUAGCUGUACAUUGGGCCCUUGUACAAGUACAUCUAAGACAUUGUCCUUUGGAUAGCUUUGCAAGCCAGUGGGCAAUCAACAGCCACUCACUAGUUUACACCAGGGUCACUGGGUCCUCCAGAUCACCCGGCAGACAGCAGGUGAAGUGUACACAGCUGUGGCGCCACCAGCAUGACCGAUCUUCAGAGUUUGCCUGUGACAAGUGUGGCACUUGAAAGGCUGGAAACACUGGUCUGGACUGUGAGCACCGUGAAGCACAGGACUAGAAAGACCCAACUCCACCCUUGUCUUGGGAAUGGAGGAGAAAAACUGCUUUGAGGCCAGCUUGCAGUUCUUGGUCUGCCCUCUGGCAAGGGCCCUUCUGCUUCAGAGCUAAGAGACACUGGCCUAUUCAGACUCAGCCAGCCUCAGGGACUCAUUAGAGUCCUCGGAACCUGUGGUCUCUGACUGUGCCGAUAGGUACUGGCUGCUGGUAUGUUACCUGCCAGAACGACGGGUCAGUUCUGUGAUGGGAGUUGGUAGAAUUUCUGAGGAUGGGGACUUCCCACCCAAGUGAUGGGAAGCUGUCUGUAGCACAGUGUUCUUACCUAUAGCUCCCCUCCAGAAGUUUAGUAUUUUAAUGAUUAUGGGGAACGAAGUCUCAGGUCCAGCCAGAUUUCAGCCCAUUUCCUUCGCCACCUUUCAGUUUCUAAUGACAGCAACCUCCUUCCCUCCCAUUAGUGCCUGUCUCCUUCUCUCCCUGCUGUCCCGUCCAGCCUUUCUCUCCACUCAUCUACAUGUACCUCAUGACCUGUUCAAGCAGAUUGUGUCUGUCCUUCCAGCUGCUCCUGCUAUAAGAGCUGACUGAGAGGGAGGUGCAGUGGAAAGAUGUGUAGCUUUGCCUUACUCGAGCCUGAAUAGCUCAGAAACUCAUGCUGUGAAUCCUAAACUUUGUGCUCCUCCAAGAGCUGUGAAAAUCAUGACUUUUCUUUCUUUCUUUCACAAUUUUUCUUGAAAGGGUCUUUUGUGAGGGCUCCAGAGCCAACACAAGGUUAAUUCUAGAUCCCACUCUCUGGGCAUAUCCCCUGCCUACCAGGCUGAGAGCAGCAGCAAGUCUGCAGGACGGUGGCAGCAGGUCCAGGGCUGCAGUGCAGCCAAGUGGACACAGCCCUCCAUCUCCCCAGGCUGGGGCUCCAUCUCCUCUGUACCACAUGCAUUAAGAUCUUUGCAAGACCAACUUUUAGGUCGGGAUACUUUCCUCCUGGUGCCUGGGGGAGGGGAGUAUGCAGUUGGUGCUUCCUUUAAUCUCCUCGUUUUGUUUCUAUAGCUUUCCCCCUGGUAUCAUGAAAAGGGCCUUUUUAAUGACCACACUGUGGGUGGCUGUAUCCAAAGCAUAAAGAAUUGGCCAGAGGUAUGGAAUGCCCUCGCCUGGAUUCCUGCCAGGAGAAGGCUACUUUCCUGAACUGAACAUCUAUAUAGAACUGGCUAGGAAGGAAGACUUAAUUUUAUUCAAAUCACAAUUAAUUAAUAUUCCAGUUUAGCCACGCUUUGAGCAGCAAAAGCUAUCUUGAUUGUGAAGCUAGGGUCCUCAUUCAGCUGCCAUCCAGAACAGCAUGCUAAGAUUUGAGGCUUGUUCUGUCUUUAUAAGACUGUCUGGUGUUGGCUGGAUUUGAAUUCUCAACAAGAGGCUCCCUUGAGCUGGGAUCUGGGCCAGUAAGUUGCUGUCCCAAGUGUUCCUGUAUUAUCAUGGCUAAUAGUUCAGUGAAACGUGUCCAUCUUUGGUAAUGUUAGUGUACAUGACGCCCCUACAGUUCCUUUUCUGUUUGAUAGUUUGUGACUCUAAAUUCCUACUGUUACAUGGAUUAAUUUAUGAAAAUAAAUUUUCUUGAAAACCUUUCAGAUAAUUGUCAAGGCUAUUUUGUUCUUAGCACUUGGUAGUAGAUUCAAAUUUUACCAGUAAUGUUCCCAACAGAUUAGACAUGCUUCCACCUUAUAGGUGUGCUUGCUGCUCCUGUGCCAGGACCUGCCUCACAUUCCUGCAUGGUCCCCAUCACGUCAUUCAGAUCUUUGCAUUCCCACAUCAUUGGUCUUAAAAGUGGUCCCUUCUUUCUCCAUACCCUUCCCUGCACCCUGAAAGGCUUUUUGCUGUGGCACCACUUCCUGUCUGUGUUAAUAACUGUAAUAUAAGCUCUUCAAGAUCAGGACCUUUUAUUUUCUUAGCUCUAGUCCCUCCUGGCCUCUUUGGUUACUAGAACAAUGUUUGAUAUUUAUAGCUGUUUACCGCCUAAACAUCAUCUUGGUCAAUAAACUGCAUAAGAUGGUAAUGGAGCUGAAACAUUCCCGUGGUCCAGCAGGGUCACAGCUGUGAUGAUGUAAUGUAUUACUCAGGUCUUGGUGUUGGUGCAAACAAGCCAGUGUAUUGCCAGUCAUGUAAAAAUGUAGCACAAUUGUGUAUAGUACAUACCUGAUAGUUCUAAUAAAUGCUUUACUGAUCUAUGUAAGUUUUUAUUGUAUUAGAAUAUACUCUUGUUUUUACUUA